UGUCGACUUUUCCCAGUCGCGCUCCACUCGAAGGCACGCGUUUUUCCUCCGCGUCCACCGUGUUGUUUUCGCCGUCGCGUCUCCUCUUCUCUUCUCGAGUUCCCUCCAGAUUAUUCGCCUCCCAGUGGUCUUCGCCUUGGGCUCUUCUACCCCAGAUCUUUUUCUGCUGGUUCUCGCUUUUCUCUGCCCUCCUUCGGUGUCCAGCGGUUGGGUUUCCUCGCUCGUUUCUGUCGGCUUUUCGCAGUGUCCCGUCCGUGUCUGUCUUUCGUUUCUCUCUCUCGACAACGGCUUCCACAUCCGAGAAGCGCGAGCCUGUUUUCCGUCUCCCUCGCCCGGCUUCUCUCCUCACACCUUUCGGGCCUCCGACUGCCUCGAUCUCGGGCGGUCGAGAGACUUUUCUCCAGCUCUUUUCUGCGACUUCUCCACCUCCACCGGUGGUUUCUGCCUCGCCCUUUCUCUGCUCCGCUUUCCUUCUCUCUGCUGCCUACCGUCGACCUACCUCAGAGCACUUCGUCGGCUCAGUCAGAACCCGGUGUCGGCUUCUGGGGUGGGCUCAAGAGAAGAUGAAGAAGAAAAAGGUGGCGACACAAAGGAGGCUCGUCCCUUUCCUGGCAAGGACAGCUAUCCUUCGCUCUUCUCUGGCAAUCCUGUUCUGAACCCUAUCACUGGCACUCUCUAACAGCGUCCUUCUGCCAUUCCUCGUUCUCGCCGUACCUCUUCCUGCCUCUGAGAACCUCGUUUCGUCGGCCCACACCUCUGCGCACCCUGGCCAGUACUCUUCUCUCCGCUCCGACUCCACUCUUCGCAAAUGUUUCGCUACGAAGUUCAGUUUGCGUGCCUUCUCUUGGAGGACGCAUUCGGUCCUGUCGUCUCGACCUGUGCGCGCCUCCUGUUGCUCCAUGGCUCACUGACGAUCCUCGAGCUUCGUGAUUUGUUCCUCGCCGUCCCCUCCGCGUCAGGAGUGUCUCCGCCGCUCUCCCGCUGCUCCCGGAAUGCCGCAGCUUUUGCCUCAGGGUGUGGCCGGCCGUCGACGCACGCAGGUCAAGAUGUAUAUCCGCUCGUCCGCAACGCCCUUCUCGUUCUGCUGCAGCACAACCUUCUCCUCGUCACUCCGAUAGACGGCCAGGGCGCGCCGAGCCUCCGGGCUGCGCCCCAGGCCGCAGGGUUUCCUGGCGACACCGGAAAAGGCGGGCGACGCGCAAGCGUCUCUGCCGUCUCCGUGCAGAAGCCACCUCCGGGGAAGCCCACCCGCGAGACGGGCAAAGCCACGAAGCCGGGCGACCCAAAGAGCGAGACAGGCUCCGAGUCGCCCUGUCUCUUCGCGCCCGACGAAGGCCUCGAGGUCCGCGAGGCCGAGACCCCGGACCUCGCGAGCGCGGAGACAGACCUGCACGGACCCACCCUGCGCCUCGGGGACCUCCGGAACGGAGACAAGGGCGCCAGACCCGCGGACGGGCCAGGUGCCGCCGCUCCACAGCCCCACGGGACCAUUCGCUACUCCCUCGACCUCGACGAGGUCCUCGUGAGACUCCGUUACACCCGCUUCGCCGUCCACGUUCAGCAAACGUGGGGCUUUGCAUGCAGAGUCAUUCUGCUGCAAGUGAUGCGCGCAGGCAGACAGUGCAUUCGGGAGGCCGUUCAAAGCGCUCUCGAAGACCCUUACACCCACUUCGACAUCUCUGCGGUGUCAGGGGGCUCUGGGCUUUCUGGUGACGCAGAGGAUGACGCGGCUGGGGCGCGGAAAGGGCCUGGCGGUGUCUCUGCGCCCGCCGAUCGCCAGGGCGCGAAGCCAUUGACGGAUCUCGUGCUCCGGCGGGCCUUUCUUCAGCUUAUUUCCUCUUCGAUCCUCAUCCAGGCCGAACCGCCUCUGCACCUGUCUCCGGGCGUCUUGGACGAUCAGGGACAGGGAGAUCUGCGGGGAGGCGGGGCUGUCGCUAAGAGCCACGGCCGGAAGCGCGGAAGAGCGGCUGCAGGCGGGGCCGCGGGCAAGCAGCAGAAGACAAGAGACAACCGGGGCGCAGAUGGUUUUGGCAAUGCAAGCGAAGGCGAAGACGGAAUGGGCAACGAACAAGCUAGCGCUCUCGGUGUGCCCGCGUACCUCCUCAAUCUUCUCGGAGCCCAAGGUCAGGCCUCGACAGGGCGACCGUCCCAUAAUUUCGCGUCUCUAGACGAGUUGGGCGACAGCAGCCUGUCUGCUAGUGCCGCCCUCAGAGACACCCCGGGGAGCAAAGGGUCCUCGGCCCUUCUCGAGCAACAGGCCACGUAUACAAAGCAGCAAAGGCAGGUGGAGAAACAACUGCUGGAGAGGCUGGAAGAGCAGCGGGUUCCCUUUCGCGUCAACACCCAACUCCUCACUCUUGCACUUUGCAAACAGGUCGCAGAGAGCUUCAUUUUGGCCCGAGUCGGAGAUAACCGCCUGGCGCGGGCGACGGUCAGGGCUCUGCUCGACGCAGGCGUCGAGCUGCUUCACGGAGAACAAGGCCCAGGGAGGAGACACCAAACGCAGACGCUUCAAGCUGAACAAGAAGCAACGCAACAGGGAAAGGCACGCCUCAACUUCCUUUGCAAGUGGAUCAAGUUCGACGCCGUCGAGCAGGCCGUGAAAGCAAACUUGGAGAAGCUCGGAGUGAAAAAGGAGGCGAUGCAAAAGGCGCAGCUCAUUCGCCUCCUCGAAGCUCUCGCCAAACACCCUGACCGUUUCCUUCAAGCGACUCUUCAUGAUGGCCAGUCGAUGUACAAACUAAAUUGGGAGGAGCUGCGAGCUGUUCUCCGGCGGCGGCUUUUGUACGACGCAGUCGUGGCUCGGUGUGGCGAGAAGGCCGGGCGCGUGUGGAGCCUCAUGGCGUGCAAGCAUUCGUUCAUGGUCGAGAGGUCUUCGCCCUUCUGGGACGACCAGACGGUAGCGGACAUGGCUCUUUUGCCGCCCCAAGGUGCCCGGAAAAUAUUUUAUCUUCUCGCGAAGGAAGGCUUUGCUCGCUUUCACGAAAGUGAUCGGCUAAGUGCAAGUGCGACGCAGCUGAGCAACAAGCAUGCGCUCGUCGUGACGAUCAGCAGUGAUGCGGCAGUCUUACAGGUUCUUCAGAAUUUCUACCACAUGGCUUUGAAUCUCCUAGAACGGAAGUGCGCAGAGGCUGCACGCCUUCUACAAUUGCAAACAAAGGGUCAAUCUCUCUCGCCCGAAGAGGUCCUACAGCUGAGAAAACGCGAAGCUGCAGAGGAUCUCCUCGAAGCGCACUUGUUGGCCAUGUCAGAGCCUUUGAUGAUUCUUCGAGAUCUUUGAAAGAAGGCGAAUCUGUCUGCUGGGCCUCUCUGGCCUUCUUGUUCUCUUCUUGUUUCCGGUGCAAAACUCCAUUCUCCCGCUCCAUCAUAUAAUCUCUCCUGGUCCACCCGUUGGUCGCACGCACACGAGAAAGAACAGUCAUGCAUGCCCAGGGCAAGCGGUCGCCCGUCUAUCUAAGGUUUUGUGGCUCGAUGUUUUAUGUUUCUUUGAGAGGCUACGGUCACAGACCUUUUCAAUUAUUUCCACGCUAUACACGCAUAUAUCUAAACUGAGAGGCAUGCAUAUGUAAGAGUAUGCUCAUGGCAAAGAGGCGUAGACAGUUGAGUCCGUGCGACAUGUCACCUGCAAGCUACUUCGAGUCGAUCGAUUUGGUAUCCUUUCUUGACGGAGAUGUUCGUCUUUUUUCCCGAGCUCGAACCGCAUAGAUUUUGUUUGCUUACCAAUCUCUCAAGUCCUCCUUUCGGC